AUGGACAACAACGAGUACCAAUCCGGCGAUGAAUCAGCCUCUUCCACGACCGAUGAGCGGACGCGCCGCAGCCGCGAUGAGGCGUCGAGGCAGGAAGUCGAAUGCGUCUACGAUGACAGGAAGAGCAAACCCGGGAUGCGCCCGGGCGCGAUAGAGUCGUUGAACCAGAGACUACAGACCCUCGAGCAAAUGUUCAUGGGACAGGGCGUGCUCUGGCAGCAGGUCUGGCGAUGCCUAGACGCCAUCUCGGAUAAGAUGCGCCUAGCACCCUCUGAACUCGGUACCACGGGUCAGACACAGCGAGCAAAUGGACACAUGCACGAUAGCGCGGUUCGACUGAAACACUUGCUCUCAUCUUUGGCCGACAGCGAGCACGACGUGCCGGCGCGGGAAUGCGAGGAGCCGAGCUCCAAGAGGCGUCGGGUUGACAGCAUACAAAAUGCGGCAGCUCAGCCCGUAUCAAACCUUUGCGUCGAUGAUGCCGAACCGGGCCUUCCAGAAGACCUCAUCGACGCACUCGUCGACAUCUACUUUGCGCGCAUCCAACCCUGGAUCCCGAUGCUGCACACCAUCACGUUUCGCAGGGACAUGAACCUCCCGAGCAUGCGCCCAAAGCUGCGCACCAUCUUCUCGGCCAUCGUCUCUAUAUGCGCGCGGUUCUCCGAUGAUGUCCGGCUCGGAGGCGCGGAGGCCAAGUCCAAGCUGGCCAAGAGGCACAGGCAGAGGGUCAUACUGGAGAGCAUGGAGUCUUUUUCGGCGCGAAACCUCCAGGCGCUGAUAAUAGUCGCCUUUGACACGAUUGGUAGCGGUCGUGGCCCUUCGGCAUGGUCGAUUGUCGGCAGCAUGACGCGCACCGUGGAGCAGCUCCGGCUGAGCGUCGAGGACGAAGACCGCUACGCGAGCACAAACGACGCCAAGGUCCUCAUCAAGCGAAUGGACUUUUUGCCGCAGUGCCAGGAAUGGACCGAGAUCGAGGAGCAGCGGCGCAUUUUCUGGAACACGUUUCUGAUGGACCGCUUCUGCAGCAUCGCCACGGGAUGGAACCUGUCACUGACCGGCGCCGACGUCAAGAGGAGGCUGCCAUGCGAGGGCGGCCUCUGGGAGAAGGGCGUGCCCCUGGCCGAGCCGACGCCGUACUUUGGCGUGUCCGAGAAGUCGGACAGGCUCAACGACCCCCUGCCGUCGCCGAGAUCAGAAACCGCCGACCACGAGUCGCAGAACUCGCUGGGCGGCUUCGCGUAUUCCAUCGAGGCCACCGAGAGCUUGAGCCUUGUGACUACUUUUUUCCUCCAGCAGGCCGUCAACGUCACCAAGAUUCACGAGCUUGAGCUAUGGUUGAUGCGCUUCAAGCAGCUCGACCUCCGCCUGGUGCAGUGGAAGAUAUUCUUGCCGGAGCGAUGGCGCGAAGGUUGCGCCCGCGGCCCUGACGGCAGCAUGGACUGCAAUCUCAUCCUGGCGCACGUCACGCACAACACGGCUGUCGUUCUCCUCCAUCAAUGCAUCGCAUACCCAUCUCCGGAAUGGCAGUCGAUCCCGCUUCGCCUGCCGUCCUCAUCCAGCGCCGAGACGUGUCUCACGGCCGCCAAGGAGGUGGCCAUCAUCACUGACAACUUUCUGCGAUGCACCGAUUUCCUAGUGAACCCACAAUUUUCGUUCUGCCUCUUUGUCUGCGGGCGCAUGCUGAUAACCCAUGCCGCGUACUCGGGCACGCCUAUCACAGAGGAAUUCGAGACACUGGUCAGAGCUCUUCAGGAGGUCUCUCGCCGAUGGAACGGAUCACAGGCAGCUCUAAGCCUGGCAAAGCCCUGCGAUGACCUGGCCUCCAAAUUCGCAUCCCGCUUGCUCGAUGACAGGACCUCGGUCCCUGACAUGGGGAACAUGCGCCAAGCGGUAUACUCGGAUGUGCAUGUCACGCCUGAUCCGGCAGCAAGCCCGAAACAACAUCAUGUCGAACAUCCGGAGGCCAUCAGUUACGGCUACUACAACCCGGCAGCCAACCUUGGCUUACCUAUUCAGUGGUCUGAGAAGUCGACGACGUGUUGUCACGUUCCUGAGGUGCCACGGCAGGACAGUCCAUCUGAUAAAGUGUCCAUGGCUUUCCCUCCCUUACCGGUAGCUCUUGAAAUGUCCACAUUGAAUCAGCCAUCGACCGCACACAAGGACCUGAGCCAGGUUGUGCAGCCGUCCACUCUUUAUGGUGUGCCAGCGGGUGACCCCGGGCCCUCGUCAACGUCGGCCGCAUACGAGACGGGUGAAGGCAUGUUUGAGGUGCUGAACUCGUACUUGGACCUGGGCUACCCUGCGGACCAGCGGAUCAGCAUGUUCUCCCACUUUGAAGAGGGCGAUGGAUGA